AUGUUUCUCAACUUUGAUCCCAAGGCUGCGGGAGAAAAGAGACUUCUCCAACUAAAUGAGCUUGAAGAAUUCAAAACCACAGCUUAUAAGAAUGCUAAGCUCUACAAGGAGAAGACAAAGCUCUGGCAUGAUAAGAAGAUAGCCACUAGAAUAUUUGACCCCGGCCAGAAAUUCUUUCUUUUUAACUCAAGGCUCAAGAUAUUCCCAAGGAAGCUGAAAUCCCGGUGGUCAAGACCUUUUCUGGUCACUAAAGUUUCUCCCUAUGGUCAUGCAAAAAUCAUGGUCGAGAACUUCGAUAGGAGGUUCACUGUUAAUGGCCAGAGGUUGAAGCACUAUCUUGGUGGCGACGUUGAGGGCCAAAAGACCACUCAUCUGCUUACUUAG